AUGAGUGACGUUGAGUUUGGAAGUGACGAAGAUGAUAUUGUUAGUACUACUACAACUACUACCAACAACAACAACAAAGUAAACAAUAACUAUAGUGAUAAAGAAGAUGACAGCGAUAUAGAUAGAUCACAAGACAAGAAGAGAGAUGAUUCAGAUAAUGAUGAGAAAGCUGUAGACGACGAUGAACAACAAGAGGAUGAACCUAGAAAGAAAAAGAAAGAAUCAAAAGAGGAGCGUAGAGAAAGAAAAGAGAAAAGAAGAAGAGAGAAAGAAGCAAAAAGAAGAAGAAACAGAGGUGAGGAAGACGAUGCACCUGCAGAGGAUGAAGAUGAAGACGAUAUAGCAGAACAUCAAUCCUCGUAUUCCUCAUCGAAAAGCAGAGUAGAGCGAGACAGCGAGUACGGAUAUGACGAUGGAAUGGCAGAAGGAGAAGAAGAAGAAGAAAAAGAUGUCAUUGGACCACCAAUUAACUUGGUUCAUAUAAAUAAAGAUCCAUUACCAAGAAGAUCAAAACUAAUGAAAUUAAAAGUAUUAAAUAUAUUGGGUAUUCAACCACAACCAUUUUCUAUAAAGACGUUCAAUGAAGAUGAACCUGUAGAGAGAAGAAAAAGCAAUGUUGAAUCGGUCAUUAGAUGGCGUUGGGGUGUCGGUGAGGGUGGUGUCGAAAUGAAAGAGUCAAACACGAGAUUCGUGAGAUGGGAAGACGGUUCGUCGCAUCUGUUCAUCGGUAAUGAGGUGCUCGAGGUUAAGGAGCACGAACUCGGUGGUGACCAUAUCUAUAUCUAUUCGUCGCAGGACGGCUUCCUCGAGUGCGAAGGCAAGCUUGACUCGCGUCUCAACAUCCGUCCGACCGAUAUCACCAGUAAGGUACAUCGUCGUCUGGCAGAGUCUGCCACCUCCAGAUCGAAGAAGGUCGGACGUAUCAAGACCAUUCAGACAACGAUCGAUCCCGAGAAAGACAAGGAGGCAAAGGAGCGUUUCGAAGCCGAGAUUAUUAGAUCGCGUCGACUCAAGGAGAACAAGGUGAAGAGUCACGCCGAGAAGAUCGGUCUCGACUCGAAAUACCUCACCGAGGGUCAAGAACAGGACGAGGACAGUGGAUAUGGCUACUCCAACGAGGAUAGAUUCAUCAAUGACGAUGAAGAAGACGACGACUACUACGACGAGGAGGACGAAGACGAGGAGUACGACGAGGAGGAGGGUUCGUCGAUGGACGAAUUCAUCGACAACUCGCCUGCAUCAAAGAAGUCAUCUCACAAGCGAUCAAGAAACGACGAUAGUGAACGAACUAAAAAACUAAUGAAAAUUAAACAAUCAUCAUCAUCAAAAUCCAGUAGCAGCAGUAGUAGCAACAAUAUCUUUGGCGAUGACUCUGAGGAAGAAGAACCCGUAAGAAAUAAUCGUGGAGGUAGUAAGAGUAAAGCAAUCAUCGAUGAUUGA